AUGGCACCGAAAAAAGAUAAAGGGAAGAGCGAUGCACCAGCAGUGAAGCCAGGUGCAUUUACUGAAGUUGAGAAAGUAUUUUUAGAGCAACAGUUAGCUGAGUCUAAUAGAAAAGUUGCUAGGCUCAGAUCAGCUGUAGAUGAGUAUGAACUUCGGAAUGAAGAGCUGCAGAAAGCUUACGACAAAUUGGAUGAAGACAGAGCCGAUAUCAUAGCAUUCUUGAAAAAAUCUCUGAACAAUAAAAGUGAAGAAAAUAUUGAGCUCAAAGACAAAGUCAAAGGCUUGGAGGAAACCAGAGAAAUCGAAACAGCGCAGUUUAAGGAGACUGUCGCGGAACUGGAGAGGAACUUCACUAUUAUGAAAGAUCAGCUGACGUCAGAAAAUAAGCUUUUAGCUGGUAAACUUAACACGCUGGAGGAAUUCAGAGCUAUAAGAGACGAUUUGAUGAGAAAGUAUGAGAAACAAGAACAGGAUUUCAAAGACCAGGAGAUGAAGUACAAGAGGAUAAUAUAUGACGGCGAAAAGAAGUUCGUAGUUGGGAAAGAUAAGUUGAAGAAGGAAAUGGAAGGGCGACUAUUACAACUUGCGCAAGAUUUUCAAGACGCUACAGAGCUGAGAAUCGCAGCAUCCACGCACAGAGUCAUCAGAGAAAAUAUAGCUAUUAAUAAUGAAUUAGACAGCAUACUGGCUACUCAAACUAAACUUGCUGAGCAGAAUGAAAACUAUAAGAAAAGUGAGCAAGCUGCUCGCGUAGCUAUGGAGCUUGCUGAGGAAGAGCGAGACAAAGCUAUUAACAAAAGUGUCGUGCAACUGAAAGUAAUCGAUCAACUUACUACCGCAUUCCAAAAUAUGCAGAAAGACAAGGCGCUAAUGGAGAAACGUAACUUCGAUUUGAAUACAUUGCAGACAAAAAUACAACACUUGACGAAAGAAAAUGAGAGCUUAUCAUUGCAAGUUAGAAUAUUAGAACAAAACUUACAUGGAAAAUUAAAUGAGCAAAAUAAAUCUCUCGUAGAAGCCUCAAAGAUCGCUAAAGAAUCGAAAAAGAUGAAAAAUAUUUUGAGGGAAGCGGCAAUAGCUAUACAAGCGGCUCUCAAAUUAGACCAAUGGGCUGUGACAGACACCACUAGAGAGAUCAUGGACCGGCAAGUAUUGCUGUCGCGCCUUCUGGAGAUCGUGACUCAAUAUCGUGACGCAUUGCGGGCUGAAUCUAUGGACUCGCUAGCAUCUCUCGGAAAAAUAUACGAAGAGGGAGACCUCGGUUUCGUACCAAAACGAGUAGCAAAGAAAUCAGUAACAUCUAUACCCAGUACGGCAUCUAAAACUUCACGCGGAUCUCCCAAACGCGCUUCAGUAUCAUCUUCUGUUUCGUCCUCAACUUUGGGAAGUGUCAAGACUAUGCCAAGCAUACAGAUUAUACCGUUCUCUUCUGAAGUUGACCUUCCAACAAAGGAAAGUGUUAUGUCCUUCGCGACUUCAACUAAAUCGGUCGAGUCCAGUGAGAGCGAAGAAGAAUCUGUCGAUGAAGCUACUGAUAUUGAGAAAAUGUUAGAGCAGAGCAAACUAGAGAUACAGAAGUCUAUUUUGAAAGAUCUGGCUUACUCGAGAUCUCAAGUGUUGAAGUCGAAGACAGUCGUGAUUCAGGAAGGCGUGGAGACAGAGCAUAUCGAAGGAGAAGGGGUGGAAGGAGAGGGGGUAGAGGGAGAAGGGGAAGGAGAGCAUGUGAAAGGAGAAAUGGUAGAAGGGGAGGAAUCGGAGGCCAAAACGGUUGAUGGAGACGGAGAAGACACAAAGGAGGAGCAAAAGGAAGAAUGAGGG